ACGACUCCACCGCCAUUACACCAAAAUGUACUCUAGGUUAAAAUAGGAAUAAUAAGAAAAAAUAUUCGCGUGAAAAUAUAAGUUAGUGUUCAUGCUGUAAAAACACUAAAUGUUUGUCCUUUAUCUCUAUAUAUACUGAAAGCCCGUAGUACACGCGUGGUCUCACCUCUGAGAAGGGAUUGGCUUCUACACGGCAAGGCAAGGCGAUUUAAAACAAGACACAUCCUAUAAAGUCGGUAACACCGAGAGCAGCCUGCAGAAUUUGGUCACCAAGGGAGUUCAGUGAGGGCGUGUCUUUCCAGUGACCACUUGAGUUUUUGCAAUAGGACCACCACUGGGCGAAAAAAAACCUCUAUUUGGCAAUAGGAUCAUCAUUGGAAAAGAAAAAAAAACCUAUUUGGCAAUAUGACCGCCACUGGGAAAAACCUUCAUUUGUCAUCUUUAAAGAUGAGCAUUGAGGGUAAAUGGAAGGGAAUGGCACGUCCAUCUUUGCCCUCUUCAAUGGAAUCGACUUUACCAGGAAUAUCUCGCCAGGUGCUGUCUGUGUCAAUGGAACCUAAAUAUCAGUGUCAGAAGUGCAAAGAAGUCCUUAGGAAGCCCUUCCAAGCGCAGUGCGGACACCGGUUCUGCGUGUACUGUUUUAAACAACUCACCAGCUCCGGUCCUAUCCCCUGCGAAGCCUGCCGUGACGAGGGAAUAUUUGAGGAAGAGCACUCUAUACUCGACUUUUCUGUGGCUUUUCCAGACAACGCUGCACGAAGGGAAAUCGACGGCUUGCCAGCAAAAUGCCCAAACGAUGGCUGUGUCUGGUCUGGUACAUUAAAAGAUUAUGAGGCGCAACACGAAGGCAGAUGUGAAUUUGAACGCGUAAAGUGCGAAGCGUGUCAAGUCUUCGUCCUUCUCAGUGAAAAAGAUCGCCAUAAUGAGCGAGAAUGCGAAGCCCGAACCCUUAACUGCAAAUACUGCAAAGUCUCCUUCAGCUUCAAAGAUAUUAAGGCACAUGAUGAGAUUUGUCAAAAAUUUCCAAUGCAAUGCAAAGACUGUGGUAAAAAGAAGAUCCCUAGAGAAAAGUUCCAAGAGCAUAGCAAAUCGUGUGCGAAGUCCAAGUCGGCCUGCCAGUUCAGUGAAAUUGGGUGCAGGGUGGUGGUGGAUAAUGGCAAACAGCACGAGCACGAACAAACCAGCGUGAUGGAGCACUUGCGCCUCAUGCUGUCCGUGGUCUCGUCUGUGCGCAUGCGCUCCGAAGCAGCCGGAGAGUGGCAAGAGGACUCGGGGUUGGGCCUCUACCGCGGCCCCGAAGACGCCGCUCUUCCAGGAGCCCAGGCUGCCACCGGGGGCCCUGGUAUGCAGCAGAAGAUGACCGCGCUGGAGAACAUUGUGUGCGUGCUAAACAGAGAGGUGGAGCGGACGGCCCUUACACUCGAAGCUCUCGGCCGCCAGCACCGGCUCGACCAGGAGAAGAUUGAAAACUUAACCAACAAGGUGCGUCAGUUGGAGCGGACGUUAAACAUGCGAGACCUGCAGCUGGCCGAAUCAGAGCAGAACUUACGAGAACUGCAGUUUUGCACUUAUGACGGAGUGUUCAUUUGGAAAAUAUCGGAUUUCUCACGUCGCAGACAAGACGCGCUGGCUGGUCGAGCGCCUGCCAUGUUCUCACCUGCAUUCUAUUCCAGUAAGUACGGCUAUAAAAUGUGUCUGAGGCUGUACCUGAAUGGCGAUGGUUCCGGCAGAGGCUCUCACCUCUCCCUGUUCUUUGUGGUGAUGAGAGGGAAAUAUGAUGCUCUGCUCAAGUGGCCCUUUAGCCAAAAGGUGACUCUAAUGCUCUUGGAUCAGAAUAACCGAGAGCACAUCAUCGACGCUUUCAGGCCUGACAUCAGCUCCACGUCUUUCCAAAGACCCAUCAGUGAGAUGAAUAUAGCCAGUGGCUGCCCGCUCUUCUGCCCCCUGGCCAAGCUGGCAGGAAAGAGCUCCUAUGUCAGAGAUGACACCAUUUUUAUUAAAGCUAUCGUAGACCUUACAGGGCUUUAAAAUAAAAAAGUAUACAUAUAAAAAUUAUUUUAAAUCCAGCAAAGGCUCAUUUUAUACUUGCAUUUCCUCCAGGAUGAUCCUGUCGAGGAAAAAGUAUAUAGUAAUACAUAUGCAGUAUCGGUCAAAAGUUUGGACACACCCUCUACUUCUGUGGUCUUUUCUUAUUAUUAUUUAUUUCUACAUUGUAAAACAGUCCUGAAGGCAUCCGAAAUAUGCCAGAAUCUCCUUUGAACAGUUGAUCUUGAGAUGCUACUUAUGCUCUGUAAAGCCUUUAUAAUUUUUUGAGACUCCUCUGCAGCAGAGGUAAGUUUUGCUCUUGCUUUCCUGGGAUGGUCUUCUUGAAGAGCCAGUUUCAUCAUGGUGCUUAAUGGGUUUUGUAAAUACACGUGACCAUGCUGUUCUUGCAAGGACUGUUCCAGAACAGCUGACCUUCAUGUCCCAAAAUAACAACUGACUGUUGUUGUUGUUGUUACUUAAUCACCUAAUGCCAUAGAUUUGAAAUCUCCAGUACUGUUCUAGAAUGUAGAAAAUUAAAUUACAAAACUCAGAACAUUGAAUUAGAAGGUGUGUCCAAACCUUUGACCAGUACUGUAUAUUAAUCUUUAAUCUUUCUUUUAUUUUAGGUUCUACAGGUAGCUAUUUGUCUAUACAUUGAUAUAUAAUAAUACUGCGCUCCUGAGCACAUCAUUAGAAUAAACCGUAUCAGGGGGCAGAUAUUUAUAAAGUUUGAUUAAUGAAAUAAAGUUAUAUCCUAUCAGCCUGUGAAAGGCUGGUUUGAUGUAAUUGAUUAUAUAUGUAAAAUAUAUAAUUUUAAAUAUAAUGAUAAUAAUAAUAUAACAUAGUUAUAUAACAAUAUAACUGUUAGCUGUAUGAACAUCAUAGAAGCAAAUGAACCACCUCUUCUUAUAAGACGCUUGAAACUAGCUCUUCAGUAUGCAACUAAGAUAAAACAAAUUCACAAAAUUCAUCUUAUAAUCCAGUCUUCUACCCACAAUAUUUGCAUCUGUAUACCGCCAGACCAAACUACAUCAAACCUUUCGGUAUACGCGCCAGACCUCACAUGGAAAAUUUGGGCGCAAAUCUGGACAUCCGAGUCAGACACACCUUUGCCCAAUACCUCCUUAGAGCUUGGAAAAGCUUAAUAUCCCUUUGGAACUGACUUAUAAUAAGAAGGCUAAAACUUAUCGGUAUAUAUUCCAUCAACAAGUUCUUAAAAUAAAAACCACUUUUCUCAAUCAUAAACCCAUAUACAUGGACAACUGCAGCAGCAAUAACCGACCAACAUCAUCACGGAGUCCGUAUCCCAGACCAAAGUUCCACCUUUACAGGCUCUGUCACUUGCUCUGGAACAUAUUGAAAAAGAGAGGGAACAAACGCCUUAGUAUUUACCGACUCAAAAACAAAUCACCCAAUAAUCAUUGAUAUAUUAAUCAAGGCAAACCAACUACAGAAGGACCAUCACGAUAUUAUCUUCUACUGGAUCCCAGGAAAAGGGGAAUUACGGGAAAUGAACAAGCUGACAUGGCAGCAAGACAAGCCCUUACAGAAACAAUUAGCAUAUGUCAAAUCCCACCCUCUGACCUCGAGCAAGUGAGUGAGUCAUUGAUUGAUUGAUUGAUCAUGCACUCAUCUUAUAUACUACUUUAUCCUGUAUUCAAAGUCACGGGGAGCCUGGAGCCUAUUCCUUUUUUUUUUUUUUUUACUUUCCCACAACUUUUUUAAUCAUUUACAUUAUAACAUAUAUAAUGUAAAUAACAUAUAAUAUUGGUUUAAUUUAACCAGCUUAAUAUUUGAUAUGAAUCUGCCAUGAAAUAGCCUAGGAAGCUAAUAUGGCAAAAAAUUCUAAUACAAACAAACAAACUGUAUGAACAUAAGUAUAUCUAUGAUGUGAUAUCUAAUUAUUUAUCUAUUUAUAUAUCCAAUCAAGGCUAAUACAGUGGGAAAAUAAUUGCACUGUAGAAAAAAAACGUUAAAUCAAAAAUCAAGGAUAUUAACCCGACUUACACCCAUCAUAAAUGUAUCAAUUAUUCAGUAAAUCAUACAAGUUUUGUUUGAACCUUAUGUGCUAUUUGGCUUCUUUUUUUCUGCCUUUUUAGAUCUGUGUAUUAAACAAAAACAAAAAAAGGGGGAAAUGCAGAUGAUGGCUAAAAUGCAGGUGUAACUGUGGUUGUUUUUCAGCAUGUAAUAGGAACAUGAAACACUGUUUAAUGUUUUUCUUUUUUUUUUUUUUGUGGAACCCAACCAUGGCUUACUUCCUCACCUAAUUUAGUACUUUUGUUAUGUUAUGUUUCAAAGUGCUUUCUGUUUAAUACAGGCUUGGGCAUUGCAUCAAUGCACUAUUAUUUACGAUGCAGAAAUGUAAUAGUCUCCCAAACCCGUAGAAAACAACCCUGCACGUUUGGGAUGCUUUUACUAACCUCCGUCCCCGUUUUCUUGUAAUUAAAGUGCAUGGAAUGGUCUGGUUGGUCAUGACCAGACUGUAUACAUAAUGUAGCCUAAUUAAAUUGAAGUGCAUUUCAAAUAUA